AUGGCUACAAAUGGGACACCAAAUGGGAAUGAGACCGCUGGUCCCGCAAAGAUCGACCCCGAGCAAGUUGCAAAGCUAGGAAUGGCUGCAUAUAGAGCUCCAUCUCUACUUCAACCACACAGAGCACAAGAAGCACUUCAAGAUGCACACGAUGGACGAAUCCCUCCUCUCAUCGGCUUCUUCUGCGGCCUCUCAUGUCCGCCUGUUGCAAAAGUCGUUGCCCAGCUUGGUUUCGAUAUUGUCUGGAUCGAUUGGGAGCAUGCUUCUACCAACGUGGAGACGAUGACACAAAUGGUCCACGACGUCCAAUUCUUCAGCGAGGGCAAGAGUAUGGCUUUCGUCCGCGUUCCCGGCCACAGCCACGAAAACAUCGGCUACGCUCUCGAUGCAGGAGCAAGUAUCGUCGUCCCACAAGUCGACACCGUCGAACAAGCACGACACAUCGUCUCCGCCGCCCGCUACGGCGCCAUCAGAAACGGCACCCGCUCCGCACCACCAGCACGCUACCUCCCCGGCAUCUCAGACACACCUCUCGAUCCAUCCCUCACGUUCCACGAGAACGUCAACAAGCAAGCCGCCAUCGUGAUCCAAAUCGAGAGCUACCAAGGAAUCCAAAACCUCGACGCUAUCCUCACCGAAUGCGGCGAUGAGAUCUCGUCCGUCUGGCUCGGCUCGCUAGAUGCGAGGAUCAGUAUGGGAUUCAGUGGAGGUGGGAUUGCAGGUUCCGAACCGGAGUGGUUGGAGGCUGUUGCGUUGUAUGAGAGUACGCUGGCGAAGCAUAAUAUGCCUGCUAGUGGACUUGCGAUGGGUACGCCCGAAACGAAGGCCAUGAUGGGAAGGGGGAAGAGCUUUGUUGUGGUGGUGGCAGAUACGUUUGCUAUUAUGGGGAGGGGGUUGUCGGAGUUGGGGUAUUUUAGGGAGAAUUUCCCGAGGAAGAAUCAUAAGGGGGUUUAUAAACAGUUGUAG